UCAUUGCGUGAAAUUCUCUUCAGAUACCCGCGAUCGGAAUCUGACACGGGGUCAGAUUUCCGGCCGGCACUCGACGUCCUCGACACUGACCGGGACGGCAAGAUAAGCUCCGACGAUCUCCGGGCUUUCUACACCGGGUUCGCCAGCGCCGGCGCCACCGAGGACGACAUCGGGUCGAUGAUCUCGAUCGCGGACUCCAACAAAGACGGAUUCGUCGAAUUCGAUGAGUUCGAGCGCGUCCUCGACUGCGGGAAAACGUCGCCGGGAAAUGGGGUGAUGGAGGACGUUUUUAGGGUAAUGGACAGAGACGGAGAUGGGAAAGUGGGAUUCGAUGAUCUGAAGAGCUACAUGAAUUGGGCGGGUUUCAUUACAAGUGAUGACGAUAUCAAGGCCAUGAUCCGGAUGGGCGGUGGGAAUGAAGAGGGGGUUUGUUACCAGGGCCUGAUGAAGAUCCUGACCGUUGAUUUGGGGGCAGGGUCGUCGGCUUGAUUUCCGUCGAUUGUCAAAUCGCCGCACGUGAUUUUUUGGUUUUAGUUGUUUUUUCUCGGUUGGCGGAAUCGAAAACAAAAGGGCCGUUUUCCAUAUGCAUGGUCCAACGCGUUUGUCGCAUUUGUAUUUAUUUUACUUCGUUACAAGUCACUGUACGCAUGGCAAAUGGACGAGAUCAGGACCGUUCAUUUAGU